AUGUUGCGCAAUAUUGUCUCGAGUCUAUGGGCUCUUCUAUUGCUGGCCGCCGUCGCCCAGGCCCAGUUCCAAUUCUUCGAGAACAUGUUUGGCGGCAACCAACAAGCUCAACACCAAGGCUCUCAGAAUGUCCCUAGUGAUAGCGGUCGGUACCAGAAGAUGUGGGCUCAAGCGCAAUGCAGCAACUACCUCUGCCCUGGGACCCUCGCAUGCGUUUCCUUCCCACACCACUGCCCAUGCGCACACCCCGAUGUUGAAGAAAAGGUCGAACUGGGAGAAGGGAGCGCUAUUUGCGUGUCAAAGGGCGGAUUCAAGGCUGGCGAGGCGGCCCGGAAGAUUGAGUUGGCUCGUAAGGGUCUUCUGUGA